CACGCCGAUGACGUCACCGCCAACUGUCCUGAAGGUGUAGUGAAAUUCACCAUCUGCUUCAUACACUACAGUAUUUUAAGGAUGACUGAGAACGACGUUGAGAACGAGCUUUUAGACUACGAGGAGGAUGAGGUGGACGCGACCGGUCCUGGAGACGUGGUAAUUGGCCACGAAGGGACCAUAUCCAUCAGGAAGGAAGGGGUCAAAGGGUCAUACGUGUCCAUCCACUCCUCAGGAUUCCGAGAUUUCCUUCUUAAGCCCGAGCUCUUGAGAGCCAUAGUGGACUGUGGAUUCGAACACCCAUCUGAGGUCCAGCAUGAGUGUAUUCCUCAGGCGAUAUUGGGAAUGGAUGUAUUAUGUCAGGCCAAGUCUGGAAUGGGUAAGACUGCUGUCUUUGUGUUGGCCACCCUUCAGCAGCUGGAGCCAGUGACUGGUCAGGUGUCGGUGUUAGUCAUGUGCCAUACCAGAGAGCUGGCGUUCCAGAUCAGCAAAGAGUAUGAACGCUUUUCCAAAUACAUGCCCAGUGUCAAGGUGGCAGUGUUUUUUGGUGGUUUAUCCAUAAAGAAGGAUGAGGAGGUGUUGAAGAGAGAGAGCCCUCACGUGGUGGUGGGCACCCCUGGUCGGAUACUAGCUCUGUCCCGGAACAAGAGCCUCAACCUGAGACACAUCAAGCACUUCAUCCUGGACGAAUGUGACAAGAUGCUGGAACAACUUGACAUGCGACGUGACGUCCAGGAAAUCUUUCGCAUGACCCCUCAUGAGAAGCAGGUCAUGAUGUUCAGUGCGACCCUGAGCAAAGAGAUCCGUCCCGUCUGCAGAAAGUUCAUGCAAGAUCCGAUGGAAAUUUUUGUGGACGACGAGACCAAGCUGACGCUUCACGGCCUCCAGCAGUACUACGUCAAGCUGAAGGACAAUGAGAAGAACAGGAAGCUCUUUGAUCUUCUGGAUGUUUUGGAGUUCAACCAGGUGGUGAUCUUUGUGAAGUCAGUGCAGCGUUGCAUUGCUCUGGCUCAGCUGCUAGUGGAGCAAAACUUUCCGGCCAUUGCUAUUCAUAGAGCAAUGCCUCAAGACGAAAGACUGGCUCGAUAUCAGCAAUUUAAAGAUUUCCAGAGACGGAUCCUGGUGGCCACAAACCUGUUCGGCCGAGGUAUGGACAUCGAAAGAGUCAACAUUGCCUUCAACUACGACAUGCCUGAAGAUUCAGACACGUACCUACACAGGGUGGCGAGAGCUGGCAGGUUUGGAACGAAAGGUCUGGCCAUCACAUUCGUGUCAGAUGAAAGUGACGCCCGCACUUUGAAUGAUGUUCAGGACAGGUUUGAGGUGAACAUCAGUGAACUUCCAGAGGAGAUUGAUAUCUCGUCAUAUAUCGAACAGUCACGAUAAAAAUGCAGAAGAACGCAAGAAGCGAAGGUUCCUCUGGAAUAUGCAUGGCAUUGUAGCAUUUGAUAGCAACUGAGAGGUUGUGUUUCACAUAGACUGUUAAGCUGUUCGUGAAUACAUCAAGUAUUAUAAACUACUUAGUGUUAUCUUAUAUUGUGGUGGGUUGCCUAAUGCCCCCUCAGCAGUUCAGUUAUUUUUUGAGUGUUUUUAUAUUUUCCUCCAAAUUCUGAUAAUGUUCUGUUCAGCUUGUUCAUAUUUAUUUCUAAAUCAAGAGGCAUAUUUUGUGUUUACUGUCGAUAGGGGAGGAGUUUGUGGAUUGUUUUGAAACAUACAUUUGAAUGCAUUGAUGUCAAAUUGUUUCGACGUUAAAAAGGUUAGUAGCAGGUGAACGUCUGUUACCAGUGAAUCAGGCAUCGACACAAAAUGUGUUGAGCGUUUGAGUUGUCAGAACCAUGGCCACUUUGUUUAAACGACUCAAUGCUUGUUACACCAAAUAAAGUAUGUUUGUUUAAUUUACAAACA